GAUUUGCUCUCUCUCUCUCUCCAAACAAAGUACAAACCAACCAUGGAAGCUGUGGGAGACGCUCUUCUUUCUGCUGCCAUCGGCCUCUUGUUUGACAAGUUGGCCUCCACUAAUUUGCUCGACUUUGCACGCCAACAAUGGGUGUACUCUGAUCUCAAGAAAUGGGAGAUAGAAUUGUCGGAUAUUCGUGAAGAGCUUAAUGACGCGGAGGACAAGCAGAUCACGGAUCGCUCUGUGAAAGAGUGGCUGGGCAAUCUGAAAGAUUUGGCUUAUGAUAUGGAGGACAUCUUGGAUGAGUUCGCCUACGAAGCUUUGCAACGGGAGCUCACGGCCAAAGAAGCUGAUCAUCAAGGCAGGCCGAGCAAGGUACGCAAGCUCAUCUCAACUUGGCUUGGCUUUUUCAAUCCUACUGAGGUUAUGCGUUAUAUUAAAAUGAGGUCCAAGGUGUGGGAAAUCACUCGCCGCUUACGAGAUAUUUCGGCUCAAAAAUCUGAGCUUCGUCUAGAAAAGGUGGCUGCGAUAACCAACUCUGCUUGGGGAAGGCCAGUCACUGCAUCUCUAGGAUAUGAACCUCAGGUCUAUGGCAGGGGGACAGAAAAAGAUAUUAUAAUUGGUAUGCUGCUUAGGAAUGAACCCAGUAAAACCAAUUUUUCUGUAGUUUCCAUCGUGGCCAUGGGUGGGAUGGGGAAGACCACACUGGCAAGACUGGUGUACGAUGACGAUGAAACCAAGCAUUUUGAUAAAAAAGCCUGGGUUUGUGUCUCAGAUCAGUUCGAUGCAGUGAGAAUAACAAAGACAAUUCUCAACUCGGUGACUAAUUCUCAAAGCAGUGAUUCACAAGACUUGCAUCAAAUCCAAGAAAAUUUGAGGAAGGAAUUGAAGGGAAAAAAAUUUCUGAUAGUUUUGGAUGAUUUGUGGAAUGAUGAUUACUUUGAGUUGGACAGGCUAUGCUCCCCUUUCUGGGUGGGAGCACAGGGAAGCAAAAUUCUAGUCACAACUCGCAAUAAUAAUGUUGCAAACAAGAUGAGAGGACACAAGAUCUUACAUGAGCUCAAACAGUUACCUUAUGAUGAUUGUUUGAAGAUAUUUCAAACACAUGCUUUUGAACAUAUGAAUAUCGAUGAGCACCCAAAUUUGGAAUCAAUUGGUAGGAGAAUUGUAGAGAAGUGUGGAGGUUCGCCCUUAGCAGCAAGAGCCCUUGGUGGCCUUUUGCGCUCUGAACUACGUGAAUGUGAAUGGGAAAGAGUAUUGUACAGCAAAGUAUGGGAUUUCACAGACAAGGAAUGUGACAUCAUCCCUGCCUUGAGAUUGAGCUAUUGUCAUCUGUCUUCACAUUUAAAGAGGUGUUUUACUUAUUGCGCAAAUUUUCCCCAGGAUUAUGAGUUUACAAAGCAAGGGUUAAUCCUCCUGUGGAUGGCGGAGGGGUUAAUUCAACAAACAAAAGAUAAUAGGAAAAUGGAAGAUCUUGGUGAUAAGUAUUUUGAUGAGCUAUUGUCAAGGUCAUUUUUUCAAUCGUCGAGCAGCAAUAGAUCACGAUUCGUGAUGCAUGACCUUGUCCAUGCUCUAGCUAAAUCUAUUGCUGGAGACACAUGCUUGCAUUUGGAUGAUGAGUUGAGGAAUGAUUUGCAAUGCUCCAUUUCUGAAAAUACUCGUCAUUCAUCAUUCAUCCGUCAUUUUUGUGAUAUCUUUAAAAAAUUUGAAAGAUUUCAUAAGAAAGAGCGCUUGCGCACAUUCAUAGCUUUGCCGAUUGAUGAAUCAACUAGUGGACGUCAUUCCUUCAUAAGUAAUAAGGUGCUUGAAGAAUUGAUACCAAGGUUACGGCACUUAAGGGUGCUCUCAUUGGCUUAUUACAAGAUAAGUGAGAUACCAGAUUCAUUUGGUAAGUUGAAACAUUUGAGAUACCUUAAUUUGUCCCACACCAGUAUAAAAUGGUUACCCGAUUCAAUUGGUAAUCUUUUUUACCUUCAGACAUUGAAAUUAUCAUGUUGUAAAGAGCUUAUCAAGUUGCCUAUUACCAUCGGUAACCUAAUCAAUCUUCGACAUCUUGACGUUGCUGGUGCAAUAAAAUUACAAGAAAUGCCUAUAGGAAUGGGCAAACUAAAAGAUUUGCGGAUAUUGUCUAAUUUCAUUGUGGACAAAAACAACGGUUUGACAAUCAAGGAGUUGAAGGACAUGUCACAUCUGCGAGGAGAACUUUGCAUUUCGAAAUUGGAAAAUGUGGUGAAUAUUCAAGAUGCAAGGGAUGCCGAUUUAAAAUCGAAGCGUAACCUUGAAAGCUUGAUAAUGCAGUGGAGUUCUGAGUUGGAUGGUUCAGGGAAUGAAAGGAAUCAAAUGGAUGUCCUUGACUCUCUACAACCAUGUUCGACUCUGAACAAACUCUGCAUUCAGUUGUAUGGUGGUCCAGAAUUCCCACGUUGGAUAGGGGGUGCCUUGUUCUCUAAGAUGGUGGAUCUACGUCUCAUAGAUUGCAGAAAGUGCACGUCUUUACCAUGCUUGGGGCAGUUGCCAUCGCUCAAACAGUUGAGGAUCCAAGGAAUGGAUGUAGUAAAAAAAGUGGGUGCAGAGUUUUAUGGAGAGACUCGUGUUUCUGCAGGUAAGUUUUUCCCAUCACUAGAGUCUCUACAGUUUUAUAGCAUGUCAGAAUGGGAGCACUGGGAGGAUUGGUCUUCCUCAACAGAGUCAUUAUUCCCUUGUCUCCAUGAGCUUACAAUUCAGUGUUGCCGCAAAUUGAUUAUGAAACUACCCACUUACCUACCUUCUCUUACAAAGCUCUCUGUACACUUCUGUCCAAAAUUGGAGUCUCCACUUUCAAGACUUCCACUGCUGAACGAAUUAGAUGUAGGAGAAUGUAAUGAGGCGGUCUUGAGCAGUGGAAAUGACCUCACCUCACUCACCAAGUUAACAAUUUCUGGGAUUUCAGGGCUUAUCAAAUUGCAUGAAGGAUUUGUGCAAUUUUUGCAAGGGCUUCGGGUUUUGAAAGUAUGGGCAUGCGAAGAACUCGUAUAUUUGUGGGAGGAUGGUUUUGGAUCGGAAAACUCUCAUUCUCUUGAGAUUAGAGAUUGUGACCAACUUGUAUCCUUGGGAUGCAAUCUUCAGUCUUUGGAAAUAAGUGGAUGUGAUAAACUAGAGAGGCUUCCAAAUGGAUGGCAGAGUCUAACAUGCCUUGAAGAAUUGACAAUCAAGGAAUGUCCAAAGCUAGCGUCAUUUCCAGAUGUAGGUUUCCCACCAAAGCUGAGAAGUCUUACUGUUGGAAAUUGUAAAGGUCUAAAGAGUCUACCUGAUGGCAUGAUGUUGUCUCCUUGAAAACUUGAGGAUAUCGAUUUGUCCAUCUCUCAUUUGCUUUCCAAAAGGGCAAUUACCCACCACCCUUGAGAGUCUGAACAUAUGGGCUUGUGAAAAUCUCAAGUCUCUUCCAGAAGGAAUGAUGGGCAUGUGUGCCCUUGAAGAGUUAUCGAUAAGAUGGUGUCAGUCUCUUAUUGGAUUACCGAAAGGUGGGUUACCCGCCACUCUCAAGAUACUCCACAUAAUUGAUUGUCGAAGGCUAGAGUCUCUACCAGAGGGAAUAAUGCACCAACAUUCCACCAAUGCUGCUGCUCUCCAAGCCUUGGAAAUCUCAAGUCUCAAGUCUCUUCCAGAAGGAAUGAUGCACUGCAAUUCCAUCGCCACCACCAGCACCAUGGACAUGUGUGCCCUUGAAUACUUACAUCUACAUAUGUGUCCCUCUAUGAUUGGUUUUCCGAGAGGUAUCACUCUCAAGAAACUCCACAUAAGUAAUUGUGAAAAGCUGGAGUCUCUACCAGAGGGAAUAAUGCACUACGAUUCCACAUAUGCUGCUGCUCUUCAAAGCCUGGCAACUUCACAUUGAGGAUUGUGAACACCUCGAGUCAAUUUCAGAGGAGAUGUUUCACUCUACUAAUAAUUCACUUCAAUCUUUAAUCCUCAGGAGGUAUCCUAAUCUCAAAACCCUACCAGAUUGCCUCAACACCCUCACUCGUCUUACAUCGCUUUACAUUUAUAAUUGUGAGAAUAUCAAGACCCCCCUAUCCCAAUGGGGCCUUUCCAGACUCACCUCUCUUAAAUACCUCGGUAUUGGAGACAUGUUUCCAGAUGCAACUUCCUUUUCGGAUGACCCCCACUCGAUUCUUUUUCCUACAACUCUCACCUCCCUUGACCUUUCACAUUUCCAGAAUCUGGAAUCCCUAGCCUCCCUGUCUCUCCAAACCCUCACCUCUCUUGAAAAUCUAGCAAUCUACGGUUGCCCUAAGCUCCGGUCGAUUUUGCCAAGGGAAGGACUAUGGCCUGACACCCUUUCACGACUGGAUGUGUGGAGUUGCCCACAUCUAACACAAAGGUACUCGAAGGAGGAAGGAGAUGAUUGGCCCAAGAUUGCCCACAUCCCCUGUGUGGACAUACAUGACUAAUCCAUCUGAGUAAUAAAGAAGUUCUAAUGAGGUCAUUUACUGGAAAAACGGUGUCAAUUUGAGAAAGGGGAAGAAUGGCGUUAUAUAGAUCUCAUUCCUAAAAUAGUGAUCAAUGAAGUGCUAUUUUAAUCAAGGUGCCACUCUGCCACUCUGCCAAUACACAGUUAGUGUUCAUUACAAGUAAUCGGGAUGAGCCUAGAUGUUUGAACUCUCCUUUGGUUCAGCAGCUUGCACUGAUUGGGCGUCCAUGUAAAAUGUGCUCUAACCAAGUGGAUUUCUUCAAAAGGAAGUGGAAUAUGAAGAAAGGAUAGAUUGUUCAGAUUUUGCCUGUAGAGGAAGGGAGAUUGCUGGGUGCUCAACACUUGAUGCUCAUUGCUCUGUUCAAGAAGAAUAAGAAACUGAGAGGAUCAGUUUCAGCCAUGUCAGGACUCUAAUCCAUGGCAGGCUUUCUCUGAGGUAGGUGCCCAGACAACAAUAGCAAGUCUGUUAGGACCCGAAAUGGCCAUCACAACAAACCAGCCACAGAAGCAACUUCUGGCCCUGAAACUUGGGGUUUUGGAACAGAGAGUUUUACAGCCACCCCUGGUGCCAGCUCUAAUAUUUCCAGACCCUCCAUUGGAGGCAAUAAUGCCCAGCUGUUUGUUGACUCAAAGAAGAUUGAGGGCAAGCUGGCUACUCAACCUGCUGGAUGGGCUGGUUUCUAACUUAUUUGGUGAUGUUAUAUCAUCCUGAGCACUUCUGGCCAUAAGAGAUGGGAAUAGGUAAAAAAGCAAAACAAAAAGGGAUUCAUGGCUUUCUGGGCAUGGUUAUGCUAGUAAGUAUUGAGUGUUUGCCUUAUGCAAUAGAAUACAACAUCUGCAUAUGUUCCCUGGUUUCCAUGGACUACUUACAAAUGUGUACUGUUCUGAAUGCCUCGAUUUUCAGGUGGGACAAAUAAUCAUUUCUUUUAAUAUUGUCCUGUCUGUGACCUUAUCCUUCUAUUUUGCCAUCUAUUUUUGUUUAAUCCAUGAAAAUCUUGUUUCAUAUUUCAUUUGCAUUUGUUACAUGCAUAAAUCUCUUUAUUAGAUAGUUGAUGUACUUGUUUCUGUGCCAAUUUUGAUGUUGUCUUCUUCUUGUUUUUUGGCUUGUCUUAGGUCUUGAGCCCAAACAACAUCCACUGUCUCUUAAGACCAUAAAUGGUCAUCGUAACAUUUUAUUUGGUAUUGAAGUGGUGUCAGGUAGAGGGGUGGAUUCUUCAUCCAGAUCUAAAUGCAUUAGCUGGACAAUCGAAUGGCGGUUACUUAUCUAACAGAUGUUGUUUUACUAGACCAUGG